AUGUAUUGGCUGGGUCUCCUCGCCCUGCCCGCCGCUGUGCGGGCGCAGUUUUCGACCACUAUGCUGCGUUUCGGCUGCUCUGAGCUGACCAUUGACCGUAUCGACCCUCUCGUCGAGCCCGGGCAGAUCCCGUCAGCUCACGUCCACCAGAUCGUCGGUGGUAACGGCUUCAACGCCUCAAUGCCCAGCACCGACAUCUCCGCCCUAGCCGACUGCACGACCUGCACCUUCGCCCAAGACAAAUCCAACUACUGGACCGCCAGCGUCUACUUCCGCGCGCGCAACGGCAGCUUCAAGCGCGUGCCCCAAAUGGUCAACGACGUGAUCGGCGACGCCAACCGCGGCCUCACCGUCUACUACACCGCCCCCGGCCCCAACACCGUCACCGCCUUCAAGCCGGGCUUCCGCAUGUUCUCGGGCGACGUCACGCGGCGCGAGUCGACGGGGCUGGGCUCGCGCAUCCAGAGCUGUUUCCGCUGCUACACGGGACCGAACUUCCAGGGGAACACCUAUGCGCCGUGCUCCGACCCCAAGCUCGACACCGAAAGUUUCCCGACCACGCCGUGCCCUGGUGGGAUUCGGUCGAGUGUGAUCUUCCCGAUCUGCUGGGAUGGUCAGAACCUGGACUCGCCGAAUCAUAUUGACCAUUUGGCCAACCCGACUAAUGGGCCGGCGCCGUUUGCGGUGGUGGAUGGGACCUGCCCGGACACGCACCCUGUUAAGAUUCCGCAGGUGCAUUACGAGGUUGUUUGGGAUACGAGGGCGUUCAAUGACAAGAACGAGUGGCCUGAGGAUGGCUCGCAGCCGCUUGUCCUGUCGAGCGGUGACCCGACCGGCUUCGGGCAACACGGCGAUUACGUCUUUGGCUGGGAGGGCGAUGCGCUCCAGCAUGCCAUGGACAACCGAUGCUUCGGGCCGACUUGCAAUGGUCUGACUACUCAAGAUUUUGCCGUUGCCAACAAGUGCCAGGUUCCCCCGGAGGUGAAUGAGGAUAACGAUGGCUGGGUUGACGAGCUUCCGGGCGGUCAUAUGAUCAUGUAA